UCUGUCCUCUGCCGGAGUUGCAGCCUCAGUACCAGCGAGGAGGAGCUCAGAGCUGAACACGGAGCUGCUUCAUGGUGCUGCCCGUCGCCUUUCUCUUUACAAAGGACGCGAACGAAACCCGAACGGAUAUUUACCACGGAUUCCGGAGGAGGUGGAGAAACAGCUCAGUAAAGUCCAUCAAUGUACCUCACCGUAGGCCGGGGCUCGCUUCUGCUACUCCUCCUGUCAGUCCUGCAGACUGGCACACACGGCAGAGGCCCCCCGCUGUGCAUGCCGGGUUUUGCUGAAGAUGUGUACGAUGCUUCACUGCCUGAAAAACUGCUGGAGGGACAGCCGCUGCUCACCGUGAAGUUCCAUGACUGUGGACGAGGCGGUCACGUGCGGUUUGAAUGCAGCCAGCCGACAGAUUUCCGGAUCGAACAGGAUGGAGAAGUGUUGUCUGUCCGGACGGUCCAGCUGCCCUCCUUCUCCUCCUCCUCCUCCUCCUCCUGGACCUCCUCUCCUCUCCUCAUUACAGCACGGGAUCUGUCCACCGAGGAGCAGUGGCAGACGGAGAUCAGGCUCCAGCCUUCAGGAGGCCUCAAGUCUCAGGAGAACCGCGGCUCCAGAACUCUUCCCGAGAUCGUAAUUCCCUCCAGGCAGCUGGACAGCGAGCUGAAGCGCAUGAAGAGAGAUUGGGUUAUUCCUCCUAUUAAUGUCCCGGAGAACUCCAGAGGGCCAUUUCCACAGGACCUGGUCAGGAUUCGGUCCGACCACGAUAACAAGGUGAACCUGCGCUACAGUGUGACAGGCCCUGGAGCUGACCAGCCACCCACCGGCAUCUUCUCCAUCGACCCCAUCUCUGGAGAACUGAGCGUGCUGAAGCCCCUGGACCGCGAACACAUCGCCAGCUUCCAUCUCAGGGCACACGCAGUGGACCUGAAUGGCAAUCAGGUGGAAAACCCCAUUGACCUUGUGAUCAACGUGAUUGAUAUGAAUGACAACCGACCUGAAUUUGUCCAUCAGAUUUGGAAUGGAAGUGUUCCAGAGGGCUCCAGGCCAGGUACGUCAGUAAUGACCGUAACGGCCGAGGACAAGGAUGACCCUCGCACUCAGAAUGGUCAGCUGCGCUACAAGAUCCUGUCUCAGAAUCCCGAGAGCCCGAGCGCCAACAUGUUCACCAUCAACAACCGCACCGGCAGCAUCAUCACCGUGGCAGCAGGAUUGGACCGAGAGAAAGUUCCUCAGUACACCCUGAUCAUCCAGGCCACUGAUAUGGAGGGAAACCCGAUGUACGGCCUUUCUAACACAGCCACAGCGGUCAUCAGGGUGGAGGACGUCAACGACAACCCGCCGGAGUUCACCACUGAUACUUUCUACGGCGAGGUUCCGGAGAACCGAGUGAACGUCAUCGUGGCCAACCUGACGGUGACGGACAAAGACCAGCCCAACACUCCUGCCUGGAAGGCAGUGUACAAGAUCACCGGCGGCGACCCCACAGGCCGCUUCUCCGUCCCCACUGACCCCACCACUAACGAGGGCCAGGUGACCGCAGUCAAGCCCGUUGACUUUGAGACCAGCCGGACGUUUGUAUUAACUGUGGUGGCGAUGAACGAGAUUGCGUUGGAGCGAGGGAUCCACCUGCCCCGCCAGUCCACAGCCACUGUCUCUAUCAGAGUUAUCGACGUCAACGAGAGCCCCUACUUUGACCCCAACCCCAAACUCAUCAAACUGGACGAGGGAAUGCCAACCGAGUCUGUGCUGACCACUUUCACGGCCCAGGACCCCGACCGCUUCAUGCAGCAGACCAUCAGAUACUCCAAACUCUCAGACCCGGCUGACUGGCUGAGGAUCGACCCCAACAAUGGACGCAUCACGACCAUCGCCGUUCUGGACCGCGAGUCUCCAUACGUUCAGAAUAACAUGUACAACGCCACGUUCCUCGCUACUGACAGCGGCAUCCCUCCAGCUAGUGGAACCGGUACUCUACAGAUCCUCCUGCGGGACAUUAAUGAUAAUGCCCCGCAGGUGUUCCCUCAGGAGGCCGAAGUGUGUGAGAAACCGGACCCCAACGCCAUCAACAUCACCGCUCUGGACGGAGACCUGAACCCCAAUGCCGGACCCUUCGCCUUUGAGCUCCCCCAGCGGCCACCUGAUGUCCGAAGGAACUGGACCCUCACACGCCUUAAUGGCAAUCAUGCUCAGCUGAGCCUGAGGAUCGGCUUUCUGGAGAGAGGAAUCUACAGGAUCCCCAUCAUCAUAACGGAUUCGGGCAAUCUGCCCAUGUCCAACACGUCCUACCUGCACCUGAAAGUUUGUCAGUGCGACCAGAACGGUGACUGCACGGACCAGGAGCGCAUCAUGGCCGCCGGCCUGGGCACAGGCGCCAUCAUCGCCAUCCUGCUCUGCAUCAUCAUCCUCCUCAUCCUGGUGCUGCUGUUUGUAAUGUGGAUGAAGAGGAGGGAUAAGGAGCGUCAGGCCAAGCAGCUGCUGAUCGACCCUGAGGACGACGUCCGGGACAACAUCCUCAAAUAUGACGAGGAGGGAGGAGGAGAGGAGGACCAGGAUUAUGACUUGAGUCAGCUGCAGCAGCCGGACACUCUGGAGCCGGACUCGGUGAAGCCGGUGGGGAUUCGGCGGCUAGAUGAGAGACCACUGCACCCGGAGCCUCAGUACCCCGUCAGAUCAGCCGCGCCGCACCCCGGAGACAUCGGAGACUUCAUCAAUGAGGGUCUGAAGGCGGCGGAUAACGACCCCACGGCCCCACCGUACGACUCUCUGCUGGUGUUCGAUUACGAGGGCAGCGGCUCCACGGCUGGCUCGCUCAGCUCCAUCAACUCGUCCAGCAGCGGCGGAGACCAGGACUACGAUUACCUCAACGACUGGGGACCCCGCUUCCGUAAACUCGCCGACAUGUACGGAGGAACGGACGAGUGAGGCGGUCAGCGGCGGCCAGCGGGAGCGAAAGACGAGGGAAAGAAAACACACCUGGCUUUUUUUUCCCCCCUCUGUUUGACGGAUGUGGAACAGCUUCUGGCAACCGAUUUUCCCCCCUGAGAACAGACUGAAUGACAACGGAGUAAGCAGAAAACAACAAAAAAAUGUAUUAUAAUAAGGAAAAAAGUACAAAAAAAAUCAACAAAAAACGAAACCCUAGGCUUAAUGUUGUAGUGUAGGCAUAUAUAUAUGCUUGUUGAAGGCUUUCGGCACUGGCGGCGGUCACGUUUUUCGGAGGAGGAGACGAGAAGAGGGGAGAUUGGUGGACUGUCACUGUUUUUGGAUUGUAGGCUACGAUAAAGCGCUCAGUUACACUUGAAUUUUACAGUACAGAAGCACUGGGAUUUAAUGUGCCUUUUUGUACAUUUUUUGGAUCUGAAUGAUUAGUUUUAUGUUCAAGGCUUUAAUGGUACUGACAUUUGGAGUGAUUUCGAGACAUGAGGAAGUAUGUUAAUCUCCGAUAUGCUUCAUCACGCUUCCUUUUCCUGGUUACCAACUGCUGUUUGUUGAUAACGAUUAAUUUAAUUGAAUUAUGAAGAGAUGAAGAAGACAGUUUGAAGGCUCCUAUCUUAAGUAGGACGCACCAAUUGACAGCGUCACUGUACAGUACAUUAGAAUUUUAGAUUUCUUUUUCCACAACAAAAAAAAAGAAAAAAUACUUAUGCAGCUGGUUGCAGAUAAAGGGAGGUCAUAAACGAUACUUUUAUAGCAGAAUAAGUUUUAGUUUUCUUUCUGAAGUGGUGUAACAUUUUACGAAAAAAACAAGGCGAACAGCCGUUUCCUUUACGUUCUCAUUCAUGUACACUUCAUUUGCCUUAGUCACCAUCUGAUGCCCUCGGUUUUUACUCUACUGUAAAAAAAAAAUGUGUACAUAAUGUUUUUUUUUCUUCUUCUUUUCCUUUUUUUCUUUCGAUGUAGUCGAUCAAGAAGUGCAAACAGUUUAGAGAUCUUGUAAAUGUAUAAUUUGGGCUACAAAACAUUUUUUUUGCAUGUUUUUAUCUUUUCACAACAAUGAAAGAAAAAAAAAACUCUUUCCAAAAUUGAUUUACACGAAGUACAUAACACUAAAUCAGCUGAUGUGAAACAUGUAGAGGGUACAAAACUUUUUUUUUGUAAGAAAAUAAAAAAGAAUAAACAAACAACAAAGAACGUUACUCCUUUAAAAUGAAAA